AUGGAAGAGCCGUGGCGCCCCCUGGCGCUUAUGAUGGAGGAUCCCAGCGUGAAGGCUCUUGUGAUUGUCAUCCUGCCCUACUCCACGUCCCUGUGCAAAAUGCCCCUUGAGGCCCUCAACGGUCCCUGCGUGCUCUGCGUGCGGCCUGUGCUGCUUUUCCUGCUUCUCCUGCUGCUGCGGCCGGACACCCUCAGCACUGAAACUUCGUCUGGCACCCCCAGUGCUCCUGGCUCUGCUACUACACUAGGCACCCGCAAGGCCCCUGGCCUGCGAGGUCGUGCGAGGGCCCUGAUGCGGAACUUUCCUCUAGUGGAUGGCCACAAUGAACUGCCUCAAGUCCUGAAACAACAUUUCCAGAAUAGGCUGCAGGAUGUGAAUCUGCUCGAUUUCAGCCAUGGCCAGACGAGCCUGAACAGACUUAGGGAUGGCCUCGUGAGUGCCCAGUUCUGGUCGGCCUACAUCCCGUGCUACACCCAGGACCGAGAUGCUGUGCGCCUCACCCUGGAGCAGAUUGACCUCAUCCGCCGCAUGUGUGCCUCCUACUCUGAGCUGGAGCUGGUGACCUCAGCUGAAGGUCUCAACCGCACUCAAAAGCUGGCCUGCCUCAUUGGUGUGGAGGGUGGUCACUCACUGGACAGCAGCCUCUCUGUACUGCGCAGUUUCUAUCUGCUGGGGGUGCGCUACCUGGCACUCACCUUCACCUGCAGCACACCCUGGGCAGAGAGUUCCACCAAAUUCAUAUAUGAUCUCUACAUCAACGUUAGUGGGUUAACAAGCUUUGGUGAGAAAGUGAUACAGGAAAUGAACCGCUUGGGCAUGAUGAUAGACUUGUCCUAUGCCUCGGACAACUUGGCAGUGCAGACCCUGAGGCUGUCUCGGGCUCCUGUGAUCUUCUCCCACUCGGCUGCCAGGGGUGUGUGCUACAGUUACCUGAAUGUUCCUGAUAAGAUCCUGCAGCUUCUGAAGAAAAAUGGUGGCAUUGUGAUGGUGACUCUGUCCAUUGGGGUGCUGCACUGCAACCUGUUUGCUAACGUGUCCACUGUGGCAGAUCACUUUGAUCACAUCAGGGCAGUCAUCGGAUCCGAAUUCAUUGGGAUUGGUGGGAAUUAUGAUGGGUCUGGCCGGUUCCCUCGGGGGCUGGAGGACGUGUCCACAUACCCCGUGCUGAUAGAGGAGCUACUGAGUCGGGGCUGGAGUGAGGAAGAGCUUCGAGGUGUCCUUCGAGAAAACCUGCUUCGGGUCUUCAGGCAAGUGGAGCAGGUGAGCAAGGAAAGCAGCGGGCUGAGCCCUAUAGAAGCAGAGUUUCCAGACAGGCAGCCAAAAACAUCCUGCCACUCGCACCUCCUGUCUCAGCCUCAGACUAAUCAACAAGGGGUGACCCAGCCAACCAACCAUGUCUUCCAGAGUCCCUCACAAUUCUCCCCAUACAUUGUUCCAGGCAUCAUGGUUGCUACCACCCUCCUGAUCCUCUUCAUUUGGCUCCAGUGA